AUGGCACCGCACGCACAGGCUGCCCGCGGCGCCGCCCUCUACGCGCCGUGUGAGGACGAGCUCAACACUUGGCCGAGAGGCCGUCCGGCAGACGGCAGCGACGACGAUUACGGAUUGAAGGCCGACGGCGCUUUAUCGCAAAAAGCAGCCGAGCUCCUCGACGCGUGCGACGCGGAACCGGACGGCGACCGCCGCUUGGCCCUCGCGCGGCGCGCGUACGCCGCGGCCCCAACGGCCAAGAACGCGCGGCGCGCCUACGCCCUCGCGCUCGCGACGUCUAAAAGGUGGGGCCUCCUCGCCGACCUUUUAGAAAAGUGGGACAUCUCCACAACGUUCGGCGACGGCGACGUCGCGUCGCGCGCCGCGGCGUGCGGCCUGCGCUUCGCGUCGCGCUACGGCGCCGCGGAGCUCGCCGCGCCCGCCGACGUGGCCCUGGGCGCGGCGCAGGCGGCCGCGAAGCGCGCUGGCGACGCUUUUUUUGCGGUCGGCCACUUCGCCGAGGCGGCCGAGGCGUACGGCCGCGGCGUCGGCGUCGCCGCACACCCGACGCUCUCCUGCGACCGCGCCGCCGCGCUCGUCGCCGCGGGCGACUUUCAAGGCGCGCUGGCGUCCUUCGACGCGGCCGUGGACGCGAACCCGUCAUGCUGGCGGUGCCGCUGGGCGCGGGCGCGGUGCGCGGGCGCCGUCGCGGUUCUUUUCGGCGUCCUGAUCCAUGCGAAGGCGCCAACCGAUCGACGACCGUACGCAGGCGCAAGGCCUCGCCCUCGACGAUAACGACGACGACGAGCGCCGCGUCGAGACCGCGCGCGCGCGCGCCGAGGCCGCGGGCAAGGUCGCGUUGGAGGACCUCGCGCGGCUCCGGGGCGUCGACUUUUUCGCCGCCGUCGCGGCGUUACGCGCGGCCGCGACGGCCUCCGUCGCCGCGCUCCAAAAGCGGCGGCGCUCGGCGCAAACGCGCGCGCGGGCGCGUCGCCGGGAGGCGCGCACGACCUACGCUCGGACGGCGCCCGCCCGGACCGUCCGGUCGCACUACGACGUCCUCGGAAUUUCGAGAGACGCCGGCGCCGCCGCGGUGCGCCGGGCCUACCGGAAAAAGGCCCUAGCGACGCACCCGGACAAGACCAACGGCGAGUCCGAGGCCUUCCUCGCCGUCGGCGAGGCGUUCCGCGUCCUUUCCGACCGGGGCCUCCGGGAGGCGUACGACGCGGAGCUCGACCUUCUUUUGUCGUAA